AUGUCUCUAAAACAGGAAAUAGAAAGUUGGGUCUCCGCCCUCGCGCGGUACGACAACAACGAGUUCGACGAGGCAUUGAAGGACUUUGAGCCAAUUGCCGACACGUCAAAGAUUCUCUUCAACAUGGGCGUGAUUCACGCCACACUGGGAGAACACGAAAAGGCCGUCGAGUGUUACCAGCGUGCUAUCCGCCUGGACCAGUAUCUUGCUGUUGCGUAUUUCCAACAAGGUGUCUCGAACUUCCUUCUGGGCGACUUUGAAGAGGCAUUGGCAAACUUCAACGACACACUGCUCUACCUUCGCGGCAACACAAUGAUCGACUACGCGCAGCUGGGGCUGCUGUUCAAGCUCUACUCUUGCGAGGUCCUCUUCAACCGAGGUCUGUGCUACAUCUAUUUGCAACAGAAGGAUGCUGGUAUGCAAGAUUUGUCGUACGCAGUGAAGGAAAAGGUGGUGGAGGAUCACAAUGUCAUCGACGAAGCCAUCCGAGAGGAGGCAGAGGGUUACACUGUGUUCUCAAUCCCGGUUGGAGUCGUCUACCGGCCGAACGAGGCCAAGGUCAGGAACCUGAAGACGAAGGACUACCUUGGAAAGGCUCGCCUGGUUGCGGCUUCAGAUCGAGCCAAUGCAUUCACUGGCUUCGCUGGUUCCGAAAUCAAGAAUGCUGGCAAAGCGGAUGUGAAGGACGACAGACCGGCUGACAAUAUCUCUUUCGCCGCUACUAACCUCGUCAAACCUAAUCUCGCGAGCAGAGCGCGGCAAGAUGGAGGGUCAGGGGCGCCACAAGGGUCGAACAAUGUCUUCCCCCCUACACCUCCUCCGGAGAACGACAAGCCCAGCGGACAACUUCCUUCUCGAGGUGCUUCUGUGCGCAAUGGCCCGAAACCCAUGCCUGCGAAACUCAACAUUGAAAGAGCAAGGAAUCAGGACAGGUACGAGAAGGCGAACUCUCCUCAGGACAGGUACCAGUCUCCGCAGGACAGACGCCCGCAACCGUCGCGAGCGCCUUCCAACGCCACGAGUCGCACCUAUUCCCAGAGAGAUCGGACAAGAAGGUCCCCGGUCGACGAUGAUGAUGCCUACCCCGACGAUUUGUACGACAUGUAUGGUGCAGGAUCUCGCCGGUCGAAUGGACGCCGUAAUCAGCAACGUUAUAUUGAUGAAGAGGACGACGAUGGCAGCGACUACGACGGAGGAUCUAUCGACGAGGGGGACUUUGAGAUGAUGAACCCUCGACGCGGAACUGGAUCUCUGUCGAACUCAGGCUCAUCACGAGCUCAGUCGAGAAGACCCGAAGCCCGCAAGGUCAGGGUCAAAGUGCACGCCGACGAUGUUCGCUACAUCAUGGUCGGAACCGCGGUGGAAUUUCCCGAUCUGGUGGAUCGGGUUCGCGACAAGUUUGGACUGCGUCGUCGUUUCAAGAUCAAGGUCCGAGACGAGGACUCACCUCAGGAUAUGAUUACGAUGGGCGACCAAGACGACCUUGAAAUGGUCAUGAUGGGCGUCAAAUCGCAGGCUCGCAAACAGCGGCUCGAGGUUGGAAAAUUGGAGAUAUGGAUCCAGGAGAUCAACUGA